GUACUUUAAAGUAUUUUUACUUAACUUUACACCACUGGAUAUAAACGCAUUGAUUCUUGAAGAAUAUAACUUAUAAAGGCCUAAUGCGCUUAGUUCAAUUAUUGUACCCUAUCAAAACCCCAAAUAUAAGCUUGUUUUACUGAAAUGUUUAUAAACAAUGUAAAUGUAAACAAACCCUGUAUAGCCUCAAAACAUAUUAAAACUAUAAUUUUGAUAUAAUGGAUGGUCAGUCCUUGCAUCCAUACCGACGGGAAACAUAUUGUGGGAAGUGAGUUGGCAACUGGAGGGUUGCUGGUAUCAAAUCCUAGAUGCCAUUGCCUGCCGUUGUACCCUUGACCAAGGCAACAACAGCUUCCCGGUGCCCACCGUAGCAGCCCCCCGCACCUCUCCAAAACCUGUAUGUGUGUCUUUCGGAGGGGUUGGGUUAAAAGCGGAUGUCAAAUUUCGGUUGGAACUUGUGUGCAAUUUACCAAUAAAGUGAUCUUAAUACAUUUGAGAGUGGUUAUAUUUCGCCGUCGCUUAGCUUUUUACUAAAACAGAUGCGGGGUUCGCUUUGUUAUUGUUUCAAUUAAGUAUUCUAGCUUUAAUAAGGCUCAAAUGCCAAUCUGUCUACAACACCCAAUACAAUAAAAGCCAGGUGAACGUCAACGUUUUAGCGUUGCUUCCCAAAUGAUACCCUUUUCCCUUUGUAGUACACUACUUUUACCCAUCCCAAAUAACACCUUUUUUUGUAGUACACUACUUUUGACCAGGACUCACAGCGCAAUGUAUAGAAUAGGGUGCCAUUGGGAUGCAUUAAUGCUGUUAAUAAGGAAGUACGAAACAUUUUGGGAGAUUUACUUUCGUCUUGUUCUUUUUCUGUUUAUCAUUUUUGUUAUAAAGAGUAAUAUACCAAUCAAGUUAUUAUGCAUGUUGAAAGGUGCAUUGUGGAGCACAUUCAUUGCAUUAUCACAGUUAAUGUGUUGCUGACUGUUUACAUCACAUUCAUUAAAAGGCUUAUCAAACGGCUUUUGAUAUGUAUCCAAUUCUCUAUUAACGGAAAUAAAGGAAUUCCAAUGAUGUAACCCUUUUGAAACCUUCACGUUUACUUUCGAUUGCACUCCUCCUGCACUAUAAACGAAGACAGGCUUAUCAUUUGACAUCACACUAAGGUGAGUAGACGUUCUGAUUGAUUUAACCUAAUCGUCAAUGUAUGUAUCCAAUUAAAUAUAUCUCACUAUAGAAUCUUAUCUUCGAAUCUUAAAAUACAAUUUCUCUAUAUCAGGUUAGGUAAGGCAAGGUGAACUUCAGGUGACACUAACAUGCACUAUAAAACAUAUGGUGGGAAGGGGGAAAAUAGGUGUGCUGGUGAAUAGUAAACCUCACUGAUCUAAUUUGUUCAGUGUGGUUGAAUCUCGAGCUGGUGUGGGAAAAUAUUAAUUUCCGAACUCAGGAGCCCACAUAGGUCACUCAUUAACAUACGUUGGGUGCAAUUUCACACAUACCAUGUGUGAUUUCCAGUCUUUCAUGGUGAGACGCCAAAUUGUAAGAAUCCUAGAAAAGAUUUAGGCUAAGUAAUAGAGCUAAACUAUAUAGCUCAGAGAUAUUUGUUUCAUUCAUGCAUAUCGCUUUUGAGAAGUUUCCAUUGAUGAAGGUGAGUGGUCUCCAAUGAAGGUAGCCUACCUGUAUCAGUUUAAGUGUGUAGGCCUAAUGAUGUAUUCAUAUAUAGGUGUUUUAAGGUAAGUCGUUAUGAUAUGCAUGAUUCGCAAAUUAAUGUUAAUAUCUUAAUUUAAUAAGCAACGAAAACAAAUGUGUAACUUAAUAUUGGUGGGGUGGGGUUCAAUAUUAUAUAACAUAUAUAAUAUUAGUAAAACAAAGUCAAUCACAUUAUCUAGGCUACAGUACUUGCCUCCACAUUUCGCUUUAGGUUUCUAUUUCUCAGCAUCACUAGAAAAGGGAAAGCAAGGACUCUGGGCUUAGGAGUCAAGAUGAUACCCUUUGUGGCGUUGGGCAAAUAUUGUAAGUAUUUUCCUUUUUUAUUAAACACAUCUUACUUUAGCUUAGUUAUAAUGACAAAUUGACUUGUGUUCAAAGUUCAUAGCCUAUAUUUUUGUUUAUUUGAAGAAUUUGUAAAAAUGUAUUGCGUCACCUUAUGGGGCAAUGCAAAUACAAAUAAAAAUGUAAUCAUCAAUGUAUAAUUGCAAAACAAUAACUUCUGCUUUUGUAAAAACGUGUUGUUGAAUUCCUACAAAUCAUUGGAAAGUAGUGAAGGGGAUGUUCAGGAACAUUCUAAAAGUCAUUCUAGAUCUAGUUUUGUGAUUUGGGGUGGAAAUAAGAAUAGCCCAGCAGACUGUAUGCCAUUCAUGUAUGUUGCAUCUACUUUAAUAACAUAUCCCUCCAUAUCCCUUUUAAAAAUACAUUUGUACAUGUUUUUUUAUAUUGUAAGCCUACAGGCCUAUUAAACAUUUACUUUUGCUCUUUUCCAGUUCCUGUCGCUAUAGUUGUGAUCAUAGUUUUCAGUGUCAAUGGAUACAUUGAGGAUCCUCUUUUCGACUGCCUGCAAGAUUCAGACUAUGCCGAACUCCUUGAAAUUGUGAACAGAGGUCUUCCCUUCACAAAGACACCUCAUCAUAUUGCCAUCAUCGGUGGUGGUAUUGCUGGACUGACUGCAGCAAAGUUUCUGGAGGACGCAGGGCACAAGGUGACUUUAAUAGAGGCAAGUGAUCGAAUUGGAGGACGGGUGGAGACCUACAGAAAUAGAAGAGAGGGAUGGUAUGCAGAGCUGGGUGCUAUGAGGAUCCCUAGCUUUCACAAAAUUCUUUUAUCAUUUUCAUCAAAAAUGGGCCUUGGACUGAAUCCAUUUAUCCAGGAUGACAUCAACACAUAUUACCAUGUGAACGGGUUGCUGCAGAAAACAUACAGGGUUAAAGAGAACCCAGACGUGCUGAACUAUCCCUUGACCUACAAGGAAAGGGGAAAAUCGGCUGGUCAGCUCUUUGACUUGGCCCUGUGGAAGAUAAGGGAUGAUAUGAAGACAGCUGGCUGCGAGACCAUGUUGAGAAAAUAUGACUCGUACUCAGUCAAGGAGUAUCUAGUGAAGGAGGGGAACCUGAGUCGUGGUGCCCUGCGCAUGAUUGGAGAUAUCCUGAAUGAGAACAGCCUCUUCUACGCAUCACUUACUGAGAUGCUGUAUAUUCAGUCGGAUAUCAAUGACAACACUGUCUAUUACGAGAUCACUGAUGGGUUUGACCAUUUACCAAGGGCAUUUUACCAGGCCCUCAACUGCACUAUCCUUCUCAACUCCAAGGUCUGACUCAUCAGUCAAACCAGCAGCAAUGUGACCAUAUCCUACCAGGACUGGCGUGAUCCAUCCUCUCUGACCAACCUCACAGUAGACUAUGCCCUGGUGACAGCUACAGCAAAGGCCACUCUCUUCAUGGACUUCCAACCCCCGCUGUCACCCCAGAAGAUGGAGGCCCUGCGGUCCGUGCACUACGCCAGCUCCACCAAGGUGGUCCUCAGCUUCAGCGAGAGAUUCUGGGAAAAGGAUGGUAUCAAAGGGGGGAAAAGCAUCACGGAUCUCCCCUCUCGUUUCAUCUACUACCCUAGCCACAGCUUCCCAGGCACGGCUGGGGGGGCUCUCCUGGCAUCCUACACCUGUUCCGAUGAUUCCACUCUGUUGCAGGGGGUGAGCGAGGAUGAGCUGAAGGCCUUGGUGCUGGAUGACCUGGUAAAGAUCCAUGGGGAGGCUAUACGUCCUCUCUGCACUGGAGGGUUGGUGAAGAAGUGGGGUCUGGAUCCCUUCAGCCUGGGGGCUUUUGCCAUUUACACACCUUACCAGCAGACGGACUACGCCUCGGACCUGUUCAGGAAUGAGAGCAGGGUCCACUUUGCUGGGGAGCACACGGCACUACCUCACGCUUGGAUUGAGACUGCCAUGAAAUCUGCACUAAGGGCAGCCAGGAACAUCAGUAACCUGGAAGGAUAGACAUCUGGGGCCUGGGCACAUCGGUUUUAUUUUGAAUAGCUUGAGAGGUUGAAUGUUGACAAACUAAAUGACGAAAUCCAAUGGCCAAACCAAAAACUAUUUAUUUUGAUAAAACAUUUUUAGUACUGUCUGAUGAUGCAUUCGGUAGUAUUCAUGUGUUCUGUUUACUGGCCUAUUUACAAGUCCUCUUCAGGGCAAAAUGUACAUACUUUUUCCCCUUUCUAACCUGUUAUUUAUUUUUGUGUGUACUGUUUUAAAAUGGCCAUUUUGUUAAAUAGCCUACAGUAUUUUACAACAUAACUAUGUCAAAUGAUGUUGUCACACAGAUGUUAUAGAGAUGUUAUGAGAAGCACUGUGUAGGUGUAGUUCUUGGGCCUAUUUUUUUAUUUUAAUUUUAAUAAAGCUGUAUUGCAACCAAAUACUUUGAUUCCCUAGCAUGUCCAAUUUAGGCCUACCUGUUGAAUAAUUGUACUGUGGCAUAUCAUCAUUUUAGGCAAAAGGCUGUUAUGGGUUCGAUGCAUAAGGUAAAACAUCAUGCACAGUUCUCUUACAAAAUAAAAACAUUAUAGCCUA